UAAGAGAGACUUUCCGUCCUCUCGUAACGCUGCUCAACCUAAUCCCUUCGCCUCUCCACGACGUAGAAUGGCUUCGAUCCGUUCUCCCUGCCUCCAGCCUUCGUCGACCUCCGCCCGCGCCGACCCUAAUGCUGCCAAAUUCCCUACCAAAACACCGAGUUGGCUCUCGAGCCCCCCUCGGCGCGCCCUUCCCCGACUCAAGAAGGCCCCUGCCGGCGGUUCUAGGGCUCUCCCGGACCAUUUCCUCUGCCGCUGCCGGAAGAACCAUUCAUCGGAUGAGCAGGAAGAAGGUUCCUCCCAGAACGAUUGUUCCGCCCAUGAAAGCUGGGAUUCUCUGGUCCGGGACGUCGUUAGUGGCGCCGCCAAGAGGUGGGAUGACUUUUUGACCGCGUGCCGAAAUUCUUGGUCAAGGAAUGGGUCGUCGGUUGAUGCCUCGGCAGCGGGGAAGGGUGAGGGUAAGGAGGAGAAGGUUAUGGAGGAGGAGAAUGGGGUGGAUGGAGGGGAUUGGGAUUGGGAGAGGUGGCAGCGGCAUUUUACGGAAAUCGAGGAGCAGGAGAGGCUUCUCUCCAUCUUAAAGUCACAGUUAAAUGAUGCUAUUGCUAAAGAGGAGUAUGAAGAUGCUGUAAAGCUGAAGUUGGCUAUUGCUGGUGCUACAGAAAAUGAUAUUGUUGGGACAGCAAUAUCCACUAUGAAUAGAGCUAUAGAGGAAGAGAAUUACAAUGGUGCAGCUCACAUUCGUGACCAUGCUGGGGCAGGACUGGUUGGCUGGUGGUCAGGUUUUUCAGAAGAUGGUGCUGAUCCAUAUGGUCGAAUUAUACAUAUAAGUGCUGAGUAUGGAAGAUAUGUUGCAAGAAGUUACAGCCCCAGACAGCUAGCCAGUGGUAGACCAGGUUUUCCUCUAUUUGAAGUUUUUUUCACCAGGACCAAUGGAGGAUACAAGCAACAGGUGGCAUAUUUGAAACAGAAUGAAAAUUCUGGAGACUUGACAAAGAAAUUCGAGAAAAAAUCAGGUCUUAGCAACUUAAACUCAUCUGACAGUUCGAAAGGAGAAAACACUUUACAUGCUGAAGAUGUAAAGACAAUUGAAGGAAAGGAUGAUGAUACAAAUGUCACUGAUGGAAUUACUACUAUACAAAACAUUUUACGAGAUUUAAUACCUGGUGUCAAGGUCAGGGUCUUAAAGCUGGUGUCACCUGGGAAAGUAGACAGAGAUCUAAUUGCCAAAGUUGUUGAACAAAUUAUGGAGGAAGAGGAAGAAAGUAGUGAGGAAGAUGGUAGUGAUGAAGAGCUAGAAAGUCUAGAGUCAGAUGACUUUGGUGCCGAGCAUGACAUUGAAGACAUUGAAAUGGAUUCUGGAGAUUCUACUAGUAAACGUGAAGCGAAAAGUGAGGUAUCACUGAAAGUUGUAAUCAGUGGUCUAACACCAAAGCUGUCUGCUGAUGUACCACCCACAAAUUUAGUUCGUGUUCCAGCAAGGCUAGAGAAAAGAGAUCACAUGUCCUUUUCAAUCAUUUUAGAGCAAGAUGUUAUGAGAAGUGGAAUUGAUGAAAAAAGACAGACUCUAAAGAGAAAAGCCUUUGCUCGGCAGAGUGCUGAUCUUCUUUCGUCUGAACUUGCUAAGGUGAUCCCUAACACAGAGAAGAUACAUUUGAAGGUACUUAAAGAUCUUCAGGAACUACUUAAUUACAGUGUCAAUAACAGACAGAACUAUCAUUCUUUACUUGAAGCAACAGUCUUCAGCCAUAUUGAGAUACCUUUGACUUCAGAUCCCCUAAGUGGACUAUAUAUUGGCUCACAUGGAAUGUACAGCUCUAAUGUACUCCAUCUAAAGCGCAAGUAUGGUCAGUGGCAAGAGGAUUAUACUCAGGGGAAAAUGAAUUUAGAAUUUUAUGAAUAUGUUGAAGCAAUUAAACUGACUGGUGAUCCUUCUGUACCAGCUGGUCAGGUUGCUUUCCGUGCAAAGGUUGGCAAGCAAAAUCAGCUUCCUCAUAAGGGCAUUAUCCCUGAAGAAUUUGGAGUGAUUGCUAGAUAUAAGGGACAAGGGAGGCUCGCUGAUCCUGGGUUUCGGAAUCCUCGAUGGGUUGAUGGUGAGCUUGUGAUUUUUGAUGGAAAGUACAUUAGAGGGGGGCCCGUUAUUGGUUUUGUGUACUGGGCACCAGAGUCUCACUUCUUGUUAUUCUUCAAUCGAUUGAAGCUACCAGCUUAGGUUGUUGCUAUACAAGAUGCUAUCAUUUUGCUCAUUCUGGAUGCAAAGAAAUUCAAGUUGUCAAGGCCUUGUUGGGGUUUGAAGUGCAACAUAUGUUUGUUGGUCUUUUAGUUUUCCUUAUCAAACUCUACUCACUUGCUAGACUAUGAAUUUGGAGUAGACUGAUGAUUAGUUGGUGAUCGACAUGCAGUGACUACUGCAUCAGUAAAUUUUUGCAUUUUGCUCCUUCAGUGGAGUCAUUCUCACUUGGUUGUGCAAUCACAUGAACCGUGCUGCAUCUGAUCAACACACUACACUGCAAACACCAGGGUACGUUGCAGGAUAUGUAGACUUGGAGCACCUUCAACAGGAUGACCAGAUAUAGAAGUGUGCACGACGACAACAAUUUUCUCUGCUUCCAUACUUGACUGAUGGAUUUCAGUUUUGUGUUAUUUGCCAAACCCAUAGUAUUAGUCCAAGUGUAUAGAGCUGGCAAAUAAUUCAACUGUUUGGUAAAGUUAACUAAACAUUUUGCAACCUUUUCUUGACCGAAUGUUAAUAUCUUAUUAUCUUGUAUUUAACCUCAAAGAUUUACCAGCUGUGAGUAUGAUUAUGAUUCAAUAAGAGAAUUAUUGAGUAAUAUUUCUAAA